GGCCAGGUGGUCAGGUGAGGACGGGAGAAGCUGCGCGGAGGACCAGACAGGUGUGAGGCAGACUCCCACGACCCCCCACCGCCCCUCAAGACCCGAGGAGACACACCAGCAAGCAGCGUGAGUGGAGAGACGCCCCCCCUGCCCCUUCACAGCAUGGGCGGGGGGCAGUGGGCAGGGGGCAGCGUGGCGGGGCUGGUGGAGGCGGUGAGGAAGGGGCGCCCCAGACACGUGCAGCUGCUCCUGGAGGCGGGGGUGGAGGUGAACGCGCAGGACCAUACAGGAACAAGACCUCUAGUGGCGGCCGUGACCAGCUGGCGGGGUGACGAAGGGGUGCGAGAGAGGGUGAUGAAACAGCUGCUACGGGCGGGGGCGGACCCUAACCUGGGGGACGCCCGCGGAACCACACCCCUCAUGCACGCUGCCACCUAUAAUCUAACUCGGGCCGCCCUCACUCUCCUCCAGCACGAGGACGUGGACCCCAGCGUGCAGGAUGGUGACGGAAACUCCGCCCUCAUGUUUGCCGCGGCGCACGGCCACCGGGAAGCCCUCCUGCUGGUGCUAACCGCCUUCAGGAGUUUGCACCGCGUCACCUUCCACGGUCAGAAAAACGCGAAGGGUCUGACGGCGCAGCAGUUGGCGGAACGGAACGGCCACGAGGAACUGGCGGUGCUACUCAAGGCGGAGACAAACCUCUCACGCCCGAACGCCUUCCAGCCCACCCUGCCCAAGGAUCUCGACCGCCCACCCACGCCCACUGAGACCAGGUCUUCCCACAGACGCGCACGAGCCUCCGCUAACACCCAGAGCCGCGGCGGGCCCACCGACCCCUUGCCUCCCCCGGCCUUCCUCGCCUUUGGUCAGACAGCGAGCAGCGCGGCGCCGCACACCAGCGACACCGACGAGGAGGAGGCGCCACUCAGCAGGUCACUCAGGUUACUGACGGCCACGCCGACGGAGAGUUUCCAUCUAGAGAGUCGCCAGGCGGGCGUUUGGGGUCCAGGAGUCGGCGGCGUGCCGCCAAGCAGCAGUGACAGUGACGAGAGUCGAGGCGGCGGCAGCAGCUACAGAAGCGUAGGGGGCGUAAGGCCCCCCUCACCAGUCCACGUCCCGUCCCCCGACGAGGAGGAGCGGCGUAUGCUGGACCGACUCAUGACAGGAAGCCCAGGAUCAGGUAAUGAGGGCGACACCGAGUCUCUGAUGGAGGUGGACCGAGCAAUGGCAGCAACCAUGGCGAUGACAGCGGGGGAGGAGGGCGGCCAACGCGGGGCCGCCAGAAAGCUGGGCGUGACCAGCCCCGCCGCCGCCAUGCCACGCCUGACGGGGGCAGGCAGCCGCUCCCUCAACCGCAGCAUCGCACAGCUGGCACACGAGGAUUCUCAGCAACGGCCUGACCACCGACCGCCCACGCCAGCCCGCCCCUCGCUGCCCACACUACUUCCCGCCCGCCUGCUGGACGCUCCCCUCGCAGCCUCACUGGGCUCCUCCCGGGGCGAGGCGCGACCAGCUCAGAGGCGCAUCACACUGGCCAGCUUCCCACGCUCCUCCUCAGAGCCACGCUCGCUAAUGGGCUCCGCUGGGCCCUCCGCCCCCACAGGAACGGACGAGGCCUUCGACGGUCUGCCUCUGGACGCCUCCACACGCUCCGAAGGUUGGGAGGCGCUCAAAGGGUCGCGAGCGCGACCCUCUGCCCUGGCACAGGCCACCGAUGGCCACGUGGUGCCGCUGCCGCCCAUCAACCGACCCCGCUACAUGGAAGCCAGUGGGCGCGGGCGUACGAGCGGGCGUGGGCGGGGUCUGGGUGGUGAUGACGGGGGAGACACAGUGCUGAGUGUGGCCAAGAAGACCCUGGAGCAGCUGGAGACAGUGCUGGCCCCGCACGAGGGGCCUGCCGCUCCCCGCCCACCCCACCGCACCCGUCCCUCCCAUCAAAUACACCUGGAGACCUAGCACCUCCGGGACGCCCCAGGGAGCACCCAGGGGAAGGGAGCGUGGUGGCGGGGCGUGUUGCGCGGCGCUCCACCAAGGCCAGGACGCGCCCUCCGCACGGCGCCGCGCCAGGCAAUUAACACAAGGCGCGACGACGGCGGCGUGCAGGCAGAGGAUGUGCUGGGAGAGGCGCCUGCCCCAAGCAAACCCACCCACGCCAGGCUGCCGUGACGAUCUCCCUGACACGCCCAACCACGUACUGCCCGCCGCUUACUGUGACCCGUGACACGCGACUGUGGCCAUGAACCUGAGGCGUGGCGCGGCAGACACACGCCCGAACAUUGCUGGGCGUGCUGGUCCGUGCCGCCCGCUGCCCUCCACCCGCCUGUUGUGCCUCGCGCCAAGUGAACCAUGACAAUCAUUCUCUCUCUCUCUCUCUCUCUCUCUCUCUCUCUCUCUCUCUCUUUCCCUGCAGUAACUCCCACUUCACUUCCGGUGUCUUAUCAGCACUGUCAACACUCCCCCCCACGGCUGUCCAGUGCGCCAGACAGCCUCGCGCCGCCCCACGCUCCCCGAGGCCACGCCAAUACCCGCUGGUGGCCUCGUGUGUCAAGCAGCGGCGCCCACGAGUGUCCUAGUGUUCAGGCCGCGGCGGUGGGUGACCUUGUUGCUGCGGCGCCAUAACUCACUCAAUUUACAACCCCUCAGAGCAGGACAGCACGAUAGACGGGACCACGCCUCCUCCCUCCUCUCCUCUCCUCUCCUCCUCUCCUGACCCACUGUGUUCAGACGUCUGCCAAUAUCGAGCGCCACUUUCUCUAUCCUCACUUGCUGGCAGCCAUUCUCGUACUUCAUGUAAACCUCUUCUCUCUCUC